CGGGCCUCUCAUUGGCUAUUUAUUUAUUUUCAUUUUCAUACGUGUAUAAAUAAAAAAAUAUACCUCUCUUUCUUCUCCAUCUCUCUUGUGGGUGCUAAUUCCAGAUAAUCAACCAGUCUCAGCUUGCUUUCUGGUUUCAGUAAGAAUUUCCAAUUCUAUAUGGAUCUUAAUGAUCUUAACAAGGUCUGGGAGAUUAAACCUCUCAACAAGAUUGGAGAAGAUGAAGCGAGGAAAAUUCUUGAAAAAGUAGCCAAGCAGGUGCAACCAAUAAUGGGGAAAAGAAAAUGGAAAGUCAAAAUUCUUUCUGAGUUCUGUCCAUCCAAUCCAUCUCUUUUGGGCCUGAACAUAGGAGGAGGUGCUGAGGUUAAGCUGAGGCUGCGGAGGCCAGAUAGGGACUGGGAUUUCUUUCCUUGUGAACAGAUACUUGAUACUAUGCUUCAUGAGCUCUGCCACAAUGAAUAUGGACCUCACAAUGCUGAUUUUUAUAGACUUUUGGAUGAAAUCAGAAAGGAAUGUGAUGAACUGAUGGCUAAAGGAAUUACUGGGACUGGGAAAGGAUUUGAUCUUCCUGGGAGACGACUGGGUGGGUAUUCCCACCAACCCCCAUUGUCAUCACUGCGUCAGUCUGCUCUGGCUGCAGCAGAGAAUAGAGCACGCCGUGGGGCUCUGUUGCCAUCAGGACCUAACCGUCUCGGCGGUGAUAGCAAUAUCAAGGAUGCACUCAGCCCAAUACAGGCUGCUGCCAUGGCUGCUGAAAGGAGACUGCAUGAUGAUUCCUGGUGUGGAUCCAAAACUUUGGAGAGUGAGGACAAUAUUGGAUCUUCUACUGGAACUUCUCAAACAACAAAAACAAAUUCCAAUGGUAGAUUUAACCAAACAUCAUCCACUGGAUCUACCCCUUGUCAGGCUGCAGUAAAUGUUGAACAGAUGUGGCAGUGCCUGACGUGUACCUUACUAAAUCAGCCAUUAGCACUGAUAUGUGAAGCAUGUGGAAGCCAGAAAAACAAAGGAGACUCCAAGCUGAAGCUGUGGUCAUGCAAAUUUUGUACUCUUGAAAAUAGUAACGAGUCAGAACGAUGCUUAGCUUGCGGAGUGUGGAGAUAUUCAUACGGCCCUCCUGUAUCAACCCAUGCACCCUUUCUUGGCACCUGAUUUCUGUCAGAGAAUAGACAAUAUUAUCCAUACGAUUUAUAACAUGAUCACAUACGAUCAUGAAAUGCAAAACUGUAUAGUUGAGAAGAAACAAGAUCACAUACAAUUUAUAACAUGAAAGGUCAAACUUAUGACAUUGAAGAUAACAUUUGGAGGCCGUUUGAUUCCAAUCAAUAAAGAGUAUUUUA